UCGUCGGCAUUUUUAUUUAUUCCUCCGCUCGAACAACUAAAACUGGCGCAGUCGGUAAAAACAAACUGCAAAGUUUAGCGAUACUAAAAACUGAAGUUUUUUAAGUUUCGUAAACUUUAGCAACGGGAAGCAAAUCCUAAGAUUAGCUCCCAYUUUAAAGAUCUCUUAUAUAUAUAUAAAUAUAUAAGUCGAUCGGCACAGAUAGCCAAGUUUAAGAAACUAAAGUUUCUACACAAGUUAUCUGGAACGUCGGAGAGCGACUCCGAGGAUUACAAUUUGUGAAGGCGAAGAAUAGCUUCAUUCCGCCCAUCAACAUUACCAGGAAAAGUGGGAUUAAAAAUUAAUGCCCCACACACAGAAGACGCAGAGAGAGAGCGAAGAGCACAAAGCAACAACAACAAGAUCAGUUGUAUUAAAAGAAGAUACAUCAGCAAUAAAUCGAGGCGAGCAGCAACCACUUCAGAUGACAGGAUCACAAAUUUUGAAGGAAGCUUCAAGAAUCAUGGACUUUGGCGGCAGAGAUUUAUCAUCGUUCAUCAGUGAAGUUGAGAUGACCCUUCCUUUAUUCAACCCCAACCCAUCAAUGUUGGAAUUUGCAACGCAGCGACACGUCAAAACAAAAAUUAAAGGAGAAGCAGCAAGUGUCAUCCGGCCUUUGGGACCUACACCAACAUGGCAGCAAAUGAGGGAAGAACUCAUAAAGAAUUUUGGAGUAAAGGAGUCGUACCACACCCUUUACAAUCAGGCGAUUGUACUACAAAACUAUAACAAUGUAAAGAGAACUUGCUAGAUAUCUUAUCAAAUAAUGACAUGAAUGAAGAAGAAAAGCAAAAAUUAGAAUACAUUCUAAAAGCAAAUAGCUAUUUAUUUUUCCAAGAAGGUAAAAACCUUUCUCAUACUCAUGAAAUUCAGUUACAAAAAUAAGUAGACCAACUUAUAAUAAAAUUUAUAGAUAUCCCCAUAUUCAGGAAGAAGAAAUUAUUGACAGAUGAACGAGAUGUUGCGCCAAGGUAUAAUUAAAGAAAGUAAUUCCUCGUACAACUCGCCUCUUUUAAUUGUAUCGAAAAACCAAGACAAUUCAAGGAAGAAAAAAUGGAGAACAGUUAUUGACUACAGGAAGCUAAACGAAGUCACURUAGAUGACAAAUUUCCAAUACCCCAUAUAGAAACAAUACUCAGCAAACUUGGAAAAGCUCAGUAUUUUACAACAAUAGAUCUUGCAAAAGGCUUUCAUCAAGUAUUAAUAAAA